CUGUUUUUUCCUCUAUUGCAUCUUCAGAAUUUCUCCUCCGUGUUAAGCCGACUUCUAUGCUGGUGUUCAUCUCUGGAUUGAUUUCGUGAUAGUGGUCCUAGUUUUUUUCCCUCCGCGUGUACCAUUUUAUUUCUUAAUAUUGAGAAAUGGCAUCGUCCAGUUUGCGACAAACUGCUUUGACCUGCAGUGGCCACACAAGACCCGUGGUCGAUCUCGCGUUCAGCGACAUCACGGAAUCUGGGUACUACCUCAUUUCUGCGUGCAAAGAUGGUAAGCCCAUGAUCCGCCAAGGAGAAACCGGGGAUUGGAUUGGGACAUUUGAAGGUCACAAAGGCGCAGUUUGGGGCGUAGCUCUCAACAGAGAUGCCACAAAGGCGGCUACCGGAGCAGCGGAUUUCAUGGCUAAGCUUUGGGAUGCGACUACUGGGGAAGAAGUGCAUUCGUUCAUGCAUUCACACAUCGUGAAAAGUGUGGAUUUCUCUCCGGACGGAGUUCGGCUUCUCACUGGUUCCAACGAAAAGCUGCUCCGAAUCUUUGACCUGGAACGACCGGAUGCUGAUCCGGACAAGUUUUCGGGCCAUCAAGACGGCUUGAAGACUACCAAGUAUUUGAAAGACGGGAAACGGAUCGUAAGUCUCUCAGACGACAAGACCCUUCGCAUCUGGGAUUGCGGAACUCGCCAGGAAAUCAAGAAGCUCGAGUUCAAAACCCCUCCCAAUGGGAUGGAAGUGUCGGCUGACGGAACAACGCUCGUUGUUGCUCACGGAAAUUUUGCCUCCUUCUUCAAUGUUGAUUCUUUGGAGAAGCUACAGGAAGUGAGAGUUCCUUCAACUGUGAACUCUGCGUCGCUGCAUCCCGACAAGACUGUUUUCGUGUGUGGAGGGAUAGACUUCAAGAUGUACAAGUUCGACUACUCGUCUGGAGCCGAGAUUGUGAAGUCCUACUAUAGUUUUCCGGGCUUUGAAUGCUUCCACGUUGCUUCAAAAUUUGAACAAUGCUGUGACAAAGAUGUUUGUUUGGAGUUUCAGACCGAGCUCGCGAUGGGCAAGGGUUCUCUGAGCUUUCUAUGGCCGUUCGGACUCCUCGGAUUCUUCUUUGAGCUUUUUGUUGCUUCAUUGGACGUAGUUGUGCUGAGUACAAAGUCGUGGUUCCUGUUUGUAGCUGCUAUUUAUCGCUAUGUGUUCCCCCACAAGCGGAAAUCAAUCGCUGGAGAAAUCGCUCUGGUUUCCGGGGCUGGUCAUGGCAUGGGGCGUGAAAUAGCUAUAAAGCUCAGUGAACUUGGCGCAACAGUGAUCUGUUGGGAUAUCAACAAGGAUGGACUCCAAUUGACGCUGAACAUGAUCAGCAGAGUCGGUGGCCGUGGUUUAGGUGAUCUCGUGGACGUGUCAAACUGUGAAGCUGUGAAAGCCGGAGCUGCGAGAAUUCUGGAGAAAAUAGGCCAUGUUACCAUUCUGGUUAACAAUGCCGGGAUUCUCUCUUCAAAACCAUUCCUGUCUCAUUCCCCGCGCGAAAUCGAGCGCGUUUUCUCAGUCAAUGUGUUCUCACAUUUUUGGACUUUGGAAGCUGUUCUUCCAUCAAUGGUUGCCAAGGGUCGUGGUCACAUUGUUGCAAUGUCGUCGAUCGCUGGAGUUCAGGGCAUUCCUUACCUCGUUGCUUACGGAGCUUCGAAAUCAGCUGUUACUGGUUUGAUGGACGGCUUGUUAGAAGAGUUGCGUUACGAUGACAAAACCAAUCCGAUCAAGUUGACUGUCGUACACCCAUUCAUCGUAAACACGGGACACAUAAACAAGCCGAGGAUCAGAUUCUCACAGAAGAAUCCGCCUCCUAGGUUCAAGUUCCUGAUGCCGGUGACUGAGCCGAGAGUCGCUGCUGAUAUGAUCAUUGAUGGAGUGUUGAGGAACAAAGAAUGGGUGUUUAUUCCGUGGUGGAUCGAGAUCCUUUAUCGGAUGUCCAAGAUCUGGCCCAGAAACGUGCACAGGCUCAUCCUGGAUUUCCUGGACGCCGGAGUUUCAAAGCAGUGAAAGUUACCGUGACAAAUGGUUGUCUUUUUUUUUUUCUUUGUAGUGCCAGUUUCGGGAAGCAUUUUGAUUGUAAAGGAAUUGGGAGGGACAAGGGGGUGGAUCUUGUAAAGUCGUGGCACAAAAGGAUAUUAGAAUGGUUCGUUUUGAUUUUCUACUCGGCCACUGAAGCGACAGUUUUUACGGUGAUUAUCGCCCAUGCUGUGAAUGAAUUUGGAACAAAUUGGAAUGUCCAGUGCGAA